CUCCCUGUACUCAUCUAGGCAUGCUGUGUGAUCGUCCCUCAUGGAACCGCUGAGGCUGAGGCCAGACGGGACACCGGCAACCUUGUCAUGGAGGACGCCAGAGUGUCUCAUGAGGCGUUCAGCUGGAUUACCCUAAAGUGCCCACCGCGGCUUUCCUGAAUCUUUUGAGACACCCCAUUCACAUUUUCACAAACUUGCCGUGACGUCCUCCCUGUUUAUCGUGCCUCACUUUCUGGCUCGUUCGACGUCGGACGGUAUUGCGAAAAGAUCACCUUGCCCGGGACUUCCUGCCAGCUAUAAAUCAUGGCUUCGUGGCGUUCGUUACUGCUCGCUGUGUGCCUGGGCACCACGCGUUCCCUUGGACAAAGCAUCGUCUACGUUACGGACAUCGAGAUCUACACAUCCAUGGCAAGAUGUGCCCAAUCGGCAGUCAGCUACAAUGUGAUGUCCAUGACCAACUCAGCAUGCGGCGAAGCAGUGACCGAUCUACAGUCCUGCAUCUGUACCAAAAAUGGCGGUGCGAAUUCGGCGGCGGUCUCAAAGGGAAUUUCGUCUUCGAUUAGCUACAGCUGUGGCUCAACUGCCUCCGACGACCUCUCCAGCGCCAUGGUUCUGUACAACGGCUAUUGCAACCAAGCCAGCAUAGGUUCUUUCCCGAAGCCCACGCGCCCAGUCUCGGUCCAAAUCACAGACCUGCCAGCCAUGCAAGAUCUUCCUCCAUGUGCUGCCAGCGCGCUUUCAUAUGCUGUCAUGUCUAUGACAUAUGACCUGUGUCCGGAAGACCCAAGCCUCCUCCAGUCUUGCGUCUGCAGCAAGAACCAAAACUCGUUGCGCGUCAGCCAAAUAAUCAAUUCAAGCGUGAAGUAUUCAUGCUCUCCGAUCACGGCCGAUAUCAGUGUUGCCCAAGGUGUCUUUGCGGGAUAUUGUGGCCUGGGUGCUGGUGUAACAUCGUUCCCAGUCGCCUCGCCUCCCCCAGGACAGAUGACGUACUACAUUACCGCGCUCCCGCAAUAUAGCGCACUUGCUCCGUGUGCACAAUAUGGUGUUUCGUAUGGAGUGAUGACGAACACGUACGAUUUGUGCCCUAAGGAUCCGGCUGGACUUGCCUCGUGUGUAUGCCUGAAGACUGGCAUGCCCAACAUUGUCAGCAAGAUCAUCACGUCAAGCGUGAAGUACUCCUGCGAUAGCACUGCAACAGAUGAUAUCAGCUCCGCGCUCUCGGUUUGGGACUACUUUUGUUCAGCAGUUAAGGCUGAAGUGUCGGCAUCGGUGACAGAAUCUGUGUCGACGGCUCCCCAUACCGGGGUGCUUGGAGGAGGAGGAGGAUCCAUGCCUUCGCAGACAGGAACUUCAAAUAGUGGUGGCAACGGCGGCAACGGCGGCAACGGCGGAGGAGGAUCACUGGGAGGGAGCACGGGUAACCCGACCGGUGGCAACACUGACCCGGAAAGGAAGCCGAAUAUCGGGGCGAUCGUGGGAGGUGUUGUCGGCGGCAUUGCAGUGGUUGUCCUGGCUGGCGUCGCGAUUUUCUUCUGCAUGCGACGCAAGAACGCGGCAAACGCCCAGGUCGACCAAGCCAUGGCCCAGAACAACCUGUUGAACAACCCGCCCCCCGUGGUUGCUGCUAGUCCGUCUGGCGGGAAGAGCGAGCUAGACGCAAGUGCAGUGGCCCUGCGACCUGGCACUGCCGGCAGCGCGCACUCUGGCACGCCGGGCAUCCCGACAAGCAUCUCGCCCGUUUCUGCCAGCCACACUCCAGAACUCCGACCUCAUGGGCCCUACGCACCCCCGCCGCCCAUGCCGGAGAUGCCCGCCCAGUAUGCUUAUGCGCAGCAGCCGCAGCAGCCAUCCAAGCCGGAGCUACAUGGGCAGGAGUACCGACCGGAACUAUAUGGCCAACAGGCAUUCCGGCCAGAGCUGCAAGGCCAGUCCACCUACUAUCCGCAGCAACCUCCCAAUGGUGCCCAGACCGUGUUCUCCGCAUCCUCAAUGGUGUCGCCCCAGUCCCCAGCAGGCUCGAACGGCUGGGGCCAACAGGUGCACGAGGCUCCUGGGUCCUACCAUGGCCAGCCGCCUCAGACUGCAGAGCUUCAAGGGCAACAAUGGGCGACACAGGGGCCCCCUCAGUACUAUGAAAUGCCUGGUGGUGGGGCUCCUUCGUAUGCGAGGUAGGACGUGGCUGAAAGUGAAUAUAGAUAGUUCUGUGGAAGGGAUAGGCGGGGUGAUUAAGUAGUAGAUUGAGAUAAGCAUUGAAUCGAAAACCCCAUUAGACAACAGAAGCCAUCUGCAAGACAGCCCUGCCAGCACUAGAAUCUGGAAACGGCUGUAGGUGGCUAUGCUCCCUUUCUAUUUUUUGCUUCACAUAAGCUGAACCCGGCCAAGGCAAUGACGAGAAGUGACGCAGAUGUAGCUUAGAGGCAGUGUGGCGACGAAGAGAGCCUGCUGCUCACCUGAAGCGAUGGUUUCCAAGGUCUUCAGAACAAAAAGUCUCCAAGCUCUAGUUUGAGGCGAUGAAACGG